AUGGCCGAUUCGGACUACGAUUUUGAGGAUGAGGCUUCUGAUGACGAGUAUGUCGGGACGAAAAGCGGUACUUCAAGUACACGUGCACAAUCUACUGCACCGGGUAAGAGGCGGAAAGUAGAAGCGCCUGUAAAAGAACCACCAAAGCGGCAGGCAUGGGAAACAGAAUACUCACGAACGGUCGAGAAGACGAUACAACCGGCAGAUGAUGGUACAUUGGGGCAGAGCGUGCAGGAACGGGAGGAAGAGAGGAAGCGCAAAAGGUUACGGAAAGAUACGAAGCCCUUCCAACGAGGUAUCAUACGUCAUGUCGUCCUGGUGCUUGACCUGUCAGAGGCGAUGAUGGAAAAGGACAUGCGGCCGAACCGAUUCAUCACGAUGAUCAAUUACACACAAGACUACAUUCGCGAGUUCUUCGAGCAGAACCCUAUAUCGCAGAUGAGCGUACUUGGCAUGCACGAUGGUGUCUGUAUACGAGUCUCGGAGCUCUCAGGCAACCCGGCAGAACACGUUGCGGCGAUACAAGGCCUGAGGAGUAAAGACGAUGGCAAAGAACCAAAGGGCGCGCCCAGUUUGCAGAAUGCGCUGGAGCUGGCAAGAGCGACACUAUACCACACGCCUAGCCAUGGUACACGAGAGGUCAUCGUGGUCUUUGGAAGCUUGUUAAGUUUAGACCCUGGAGACAUACACCAAACCGUUAAAGCAUGCGUACGAGACCGAAUACGCGUCAGCAUAAUCGGCAUGGGCGCCCGCCUAAAAAUCUGCACGGAAAUCGUCACACGAACAAACGCGGGCGACGAAUCCGAAUACACAAUCGCAACCGACCAAGAAAUGCUCAAAGAGCUCCUCCUCGCCACCACAACACCCCCCGUCAUCCGUACAUCGGCACCAGCAGUCGCAGCACCAACAGCCCCACAAGCCUCAGAUUCCUCGGCUGCAGCCCUCAUGAUGAUGGGCUUCCCAUCCCGAGUAGUAGAAGACCAACUAACAAUGUGCGCAUGCCACGGCAACCUCACAAUGGGCGGCUACACAUGUUCUCGCUGCAGCGCAAAAGUCUGCUCGUUGCCCAUUACUUGUCCGUCCUGCCAACUCACCUUACUCCUCUCCACCCAUCUCGCUCGAUCCUACCAUCAUCUUUUCCCCCUGCGCAACUGGGCAACGGUAUCCUGGUCACGCGCCCGCGAAAAGGGGAGUAAGCAGUGCGUGGGCUGUCUGGCUUCCUUUAGUAAUCCACCCAGUAGCAGUAAGGAGAGAAGCGCAGCGGAACAGGACGGCGAGGUUAACAAGGAGAAGAGGGAUGAGGAGGAUAGUGAGGAACAAAAGGCGUCUGAGAGUGGGAGGUAUGAAUGCAGGGCUUGUGAGAGUCACUUUUGUAUCGACUGUGAUAUGUUUGCGCAUAUGGUGUUGCAUAAUUGUCCCGGGUGUUUGGGUAGACUGGACCCGGGCGCGGUGGCGAGCAAUGGGGAUGUUGAGAUGACUGGGUAA